CAUAUCCUCCAGCCUUUAUUAGCCGUUUUCACCCUCAAGCUUGCUCUCUUCAACCUCCUGGGCGCCGGUGAGAAGCUGCCAACAUGAAGCUGCCAGCGGCCAUUCUCGCUGUUUUUGCAUCGUUAGCUGUCACUGCUGAUGCUACCGUGUACUUCAAGGAGCAGUUUUUGGACGGAGAUGGAUGGCAGAGCCGGUGGGCCGAGUCCAAGCACAAGUCAGACUAUGGUCAGUGGAAACUGACCGCUGGGAAGUUCUAUGGAGACGCAGAGGCUGACAAAGGUCUCCAGACAAGCCAGGACGCCCACUUUUAUGCCCUGUCGGCUCGCUUUGAGCCCUUUAGCAACGAGGGAAAACCUUUGGUCAUCCAGUUUACCAUCAAGCACGAGCAGAAGAUCGACUGCGGAGGGGGCUACGUCAAAAUCUUCCCCUCUGACCUCGACCAGAGCAACAUGCACGGAGACUCUCAGUAUUACAUCAUGUUCGGGCCUGACAUCUGUGGAUACAGCACAAAGAAGGUUCAUGUGAUCUUCAACUACAAGGGCCAAAACCACCUCGUCACGAAAGACAUAAAAUGCAAGGAUGACGAGCUCACCCACAUGUACACGCUGAUCCUGAAUCCAGACCAAACAUACGAAGUGAGGAUCAACAACGAAAAGGUGGAAUCCGGCUCUCUGGAGGACGACUGGGACAUGCUGCCCGUCAAGAAGAUCAAGGACCCAGAGGCCAAGAAACCCAGUGACUGGGACAACAGGGCCAAGAUCGACGACCCCAAUGACGCCAAGUCUGAGGAAUGGGACAAGCCAGAGACUAUCCCUGACCCUGAUGCCACGAAGCCUGAUGACUGGGAUGUGGACAUGGACGGGGAGUGGGAACCGCCCAUGAUCACCAACCCAGAGUACAAGGGAGAGUGGAAACCCAGGCAGAUUGACAAUCCGGACUACAAAGGAGCCUGGAUCCACCCUGAGAUUGAUAACCCAGAGUACACUCAGGAUGCCACGAUGUACAAAUUUGAUAACAUUGGAGUAUUGGGCCUGGAUCUGUGGCAGGUUAAAUCUGGCACCAUCUUUGACAACUUACUGAUCACCGACGACGUCAAAGAGGCAGAAGAGUUUGGGAAGGAUACCUGGGGAGCUACUAUGGGACCAGAGAAGAAGAUGAAGGAGGAGCAGGAGGAUAUGGAGAGGAAACUGAGGGAGGAGGAGGACGACAAGAGCAAGAAGGACACAGAAGAAGGUGGUGCUGAGGAGGAGGAAGAUGAGGAGGAGGAGGAAGAAGAAGAGGAGGAGGAGGAUGAUGAUGAGGCGGAGGGUGAGCACAAUGAGGAGACAGACGAGGACGUCAGGACGGAAGGAGAGGACAGCGACGACAAAAAGAGGGACGAGUUGUAAAAGAGUGGAUACCGGUUGGCGGACUCCUGAGUGCUUCUAAACCGACAGAAAAUCAGCAAACGCCCUUUGGACUCUGGCCUUUAAUACAGCAGCCUUUUAUUCAGGUGUAGGGGUGGGGGAGUGGUGGAAGGUGGUCGGGUCAGAUUUGUUUUUUAGUUUUCAAAUUGGAGAAGGGCAUUUGUGUUAAUUUCCCUUUUUUAUUUGUGUCAGCUUUGGUUGAAUGUUCAAAUUGUUUGUUUGUUGUGAUGUCCAGUAAAUCGAGGGUCUGUGAUGCUUGGUUCAUGCACUUUUUAUUCCUCCUGUGUGAUUUAGUCACAUUUUCUUUCUUUUUUUUAUUGACCCCUUCAUAAUUUAUUCAAUCAUUACAUUGAACCCUGAAAACACGUCAGUUUCUAAAGCUCUGAUUUUGGGGCUUAUGUUCUUCCUACAAUGUGGUGUAUGUGUGAGAGAGUAAGAAUGAGACUGCAUUAAACAAACUGUGAUUCUUA